CUGUUAAUAGACGGAGCUCCUCUUUGCCAUGCAGAAGUUCAAGUAAAUGUUUGGGAUCCCCAGUCACUCUAAAGCCUAAGAGAUCUUUCAGCGUGUCUUUGAGAGAAGUUGUGUCCCAUAUAAUUGAAGAGCUAGUUGUAAGUGGUGCAGAAGAGAUGGCUAAUACAGUGAACGAAGUGGAACAGGAAGAGAUUUUCAGAGAGGCUGCAGAACAUCGUGCAAAUGCUGGAUAUUCUGAACAUUUGGAGAAGAAACUGACCAAAAAAGCAGAAUCACAGAUAACUAUGACACAGGAUACCAGAGUCGAAACGGAAAUGGCCCUUUCAGAAGAAGAGGGAAUAGCAGAAGGCAGUGUUGAACACCAAAGCUCUUCUGAAGCUGAACAUGAGAUUGCCAAAGAUGUUGGAGCUGGAACUCUGGGCAGGCAUUCCCAUGCUUCCUCUUCUGAAAAAUCUGGGAUGAAGCCAUUAAAGGAAGCUGUUGAACAAGCAGACGAACUAGAGGACCAGGUUAUCACAGUAGAAUUGGAUGGUCUGGAAGAAAAGCCUACUGAAGAUGAAGCUGAAGGCUCUGAGAGUGAAGAGGUUUCCAUGAAGACACCCGCGUUUGUGCGUGCUGCAGCCUACAAGCCACUGCUGUCAACUCCACGUCCUGCAAAACCUGCUGCUCCCAAGUCUCCCCUGCAGCCGCUGCGGGCUAAGCCAGCUCCAAAGAGCUUGGGAGCGUCACGGAGGAAAACAUGUGAGCCUGAAGUAGCAAGCAGUUUGAUAAAGAAGAUAUUUAGCCAUUAUGUGAAAAUGCCAGUGGCCAGAGAUGCAUUUAAAAUUGUUGAAAAAUGCUCUGAGAGAUACUUCAAGCAGCUAAGCAGUGAUCUGGAAGCUUACAGCAACCAUGCAGGGAGGAAGACAGUGGAGUUGGCUGACCUGGAAGUCCUCAUGAGAAGACAAGGGCUGGUGACAGACAAGGUGCCGUUGCAUGUGCUAAUAGAGCGUUACCUCCCUCUGGAGUACAGGAAGCUCCUGAUUCCAGUUGCUGUGAGCGGAAAUAAAGUGAUCCCCUGCAAAUGA